GUAUAUAACGGUGGAGUGAAUUUCUUUCUUUCUACGGUCUUUUGUGAGCCAGUCGACUCGUCUGACCAAUCACGUCUUGCGCUCGGGUUUGACGUAUAUAUGAAAAAUGGCGGCUACCCGCAGCAGUGAGAUUGGCGACUUGGUUCAAAUAAAGAAACAACUUAUUUCCAUUAUAGCACAAUGCAAGGAAAGAGGACUCGUCCACAGCGUGAAAUGGGCGUCCGAGCUGGCGUUUUCUCUGGCUCCUCUUCCUCUGAAUGAGAUCGCCCCACAACCUGAGCUAACCGAGGAGGAUGCCCAGGAUUUGGAUGCUCUUUGUUUGGCCAAGUCAUAUUUUGACCUGAAGGAAUACGAUCGAGCUGCAUAUUUCCUCCGUGGCUGCCGGAGUCAGAAGGCAUAUUUUCUGUAUAUGUAUUCACGAUAUCUGUCGGGUGAAAAGAAGAAAGAUGACGAAACGGUCGACAGUCUUGGUCCUUUGGAAAAGGGUCAGGUCCGAAACGAAGCCCUGAGAGAGCUGCGGGUGGAGUUGAGCAAAAAACACAGUGCAGGCGAGCUGGAUGGAUUUGCACUUUAUCUCUAUGGGGUAGUCCUUCGGAAACUAGAUUUGCUAAAGGAAGCGGUGGAGAUCUUCGUAGCCGCCACACACGCCCUCCCUCUGCACUGGGGAUCAUGGCUGGAGCUGUGCAAUCUCAUCACCAACAUUGAAAUGCUCAAGUCUUUGUCUCUGCCGGACUGUUGGGUAAGGGAUUUCUUCAUGGCACACAUGUACACAGAACUUCAGAUGAUCAAAGAGGCGCUCCAGAAAUAUCAGAGUCUAAUGGAAGCUGGGUUUGCCAAGAGCACCUACAUCAUUUCCCAGAUCGCCGUGGCUUACCACAACAUACGAGAUAUAGAUCAAGCGUUAUAUCUGUUUAAUGAACUGCGGGAACAGGAUCCAUUCCGCAUCGAGAACAUGGACACUUUCUCCAACCUGCUCUAUGUUAGGAGUAUGAAGCCCGAGCUCAGCUACUUGGCACAUAAUCUGGUGGAGAUAGAUAAAUAUAGAGUAGAGACGUGCUGCGUUAUAGGGAACUACUACAGCCUGCGCUCUCAACAUGAGAAAGCCGCUCUGUAUUUUCAGCGAGCGCUGAAGCUGAAUCCACGCUGUCUGGGCGCCUGGACUCUCAUGGGUCACGAGUAUAUGGAGAUGAAAAACACAUCCGCUGCCAUUCAGGCCUACAGACACGCGAUUGAAGUGAACAAAAGGGACUACCGUGCCUGGUACGGACUCGGACAGACCUACGAGAUCCUAAAAAUGCCUUUCUACUCGCUUUAUUACUACAGGAAAGCCCAUCAGCUCAGGCCGAAUGACUCCCGAAUGCUUGUAGCUCUUGGUGAAUGUUAUGAAAAGCUAUCUCAACAGGUUGAGGCUAAGAAGUGUUACUGGAGAGCGUAUUCUGUUGGGGACGUGGAAAGAAUGGCUCUUUUAAAGCUGGCAAAGCUUCAUGAGCAACUGAAUGAAUCUGAUGAUGCUGCACAGUGCUACAUAAUAUACAUUCAGGAUAUUUUCUCGUGUGGUGAGCAGUUGGUGCAUGCUGAAGUGAGCACCGCUCUGAGAUAUCUCGGGCAAUACUACUUCAAGAACAAACUCUAUGAUGAGGCGUCUCUUUGCGCUCAGCGCUGCUGUGACUACAAUGACGCCCGUGAGGAAGGCAAGGCUUUGUUGCGACAGAUCUCCGCCGUGCGAGAACAAGGAGAGCCUUCUACAGACCUGACCUUACCCUGCGUCUUCAACCCGCUGUCUAACAACACAACUCCAGUCAGGAGAGUUUCUCCAUUAGAUUUAUCUUCUGUUACACCGUAGCCCGUGU